AUGGAUCCAAAUACUGAAAUGGCACCUAGAUAUAAGAGUAAUAUGUCCCAGUUUAGCGAUGGCCCCGGAAUAACAUUCUUGGGGUCGAGACAGCUGCUGGAAUAUUACCUGGUCUCGGAGACUUUGACAAAUUAUUCCCUGAACUCCGUUAGCUUCGUCAAGGUCGAGUUCGAAUUCGCGAACCUCUACCGCUUCUACAUCGGCAACAUCUUCCUGCCCAGCCUCCUCUUCGUCGUCAUCUGCUACGCGACGCUCUUCUUCGAUCUCGAGGAUUUCCAGGACCGCAUCACGGUGUCCCUGACUUCGCUCCUCGUCCUGUCCACCUUCUUCAAUCAGGUGAGCCACACGAUCCCGAGGACGUCCUAUCUCAAGCUCAUCGACGUGUGGUUCCUGGCGCUCAUCCUCCAGGAGUUCUUUAUCAUCCUUUCGCUGGUGUACGUCGAGAACCUCCGCCUGGCCGCUGGGGGGGUGUCGGCGACGCGGGUUCUGCCGGCGGGGUUCUUCUUCAGGAGGGACGCGCUGGCCAAGAGAGCGUUCGGCAUGCCCGAGGCCGUGAGAGCAAACAAGCACAUGCGGUCACUUGCUUUUCACACUGAAAACCCUCAUUUUGUUGCUAUAUUAAAACUUCUGUAA